AAAAACGUGCCCGAUCCACAGAACUCGUUUCUGACGACGAGGAGAUGCAAUGAUAGCUUAAUAAUUUUCUCUCCAAAAAGAAAUAAAAGCCACUCACACGCAUUUCCUCAGCUUCCAGAAGUGAAGGCCAGAAACCGGAGCUACAACUUUCCUCACUCAAAAAAUCCGAUCCCAUUUGUAGCAAUUUCACCAAGCAAGCAAGUUAACUAGGAUGGCCAGUCACUGAUUCCGCCUGUUCCUUCAAGAGUUUGUCGUGACACAGUGAAAAUAUAUCAUAUUCAGGAACUUUUUUCAAAGAAAUACAACAAUGAAUCUCACAAGUGACUCGCUGCUGAGCGAUGCCGCGUCCAUCCUGCACGAGAACGAGACGGUGAUCGGAAACGAGACGUUGCAUGCCCCUGUGCUGGACAUGCUGCCGGAUCCAGUCAUCAAACUAGCACAUGACAUUCUCAUCUGUGUUCUAUUAAUUUCUGUCAUGUUUGCCAUGGGAUGCCACAUAACAUGGAAUGAAGUCUGGAGUCACAUCCGCACCCCAGUCGGUGUGCUCAUCGGCAUGUUGAGUCAGUUCUGCCUUCUUCCUCUGGCCGCCUUCACCAUCAUCGUCGUGCUUAAACUCGAUCCUCUCUACGCGACGGGCAUGCUCGUGCUUGCUUGCAGUCCCGGGGGUGUCACUUCCAACAUAUUCUCAUACUUCUGCGACGGGGACAUCUCACUCAGUGUCACCAUGACGACGUGUUCAACGAUAGCAGCUCUAGGAAUGAUGCCUUUAAAUAUGUGGGUCUAUGGUCAAUGGCUGGAGACUGGAGCAGUGACCAUCCCUUACAGCAAGAUGUCCAUCUCUCUUGCUUCAGUGACAGCCCCUGUCGGUGCUGGCAUGUUCGUCCGAUGGAAGUAUCCUAAGGCUGCCCCUUAUAUCACCAAGACCGGCAGCUAUGCAGGAUUCGCCAUCAUCUUUAUCUGCCAAACCAUGGAACUCAUCAUUUUUCCGGACAUCUUUGACGGCAUCGGAUGGCAAUUUUAUACUGCCUUGGUCAUCCUACCUUUCGUCGGACUCUCCUUGGGAUACGGACUCGCUUUCCUCUUCAGGCGACCACCACCUGUUCGGAAGACAAUAGCCAUUGAAUGUUCCAUUCAGAACAUAGGGACGGCACUCACUGUUAUAUCCUUGUCUUUUCCCAUAGAAAUGCAGAAAAAAGUCCUCGCUUUCCCUUGGUUGUACUCCUUACCCCUAAUCACAACCGUCACCGUAAGCUGUGCUUGUUAUCAGCUUUAUAAACGCACGUGUUUCAAGAAUAGCUUCGGUUCUUGUGAGAAGAAAUUAAACGGACUGGGAGUUGCGGUUCCUAUUCCUGUCGUCGAGAAAAUUGUGAAUGGCAAGCCUGAAGAGAUGCAAUCCUUCAUUCCUCAAGAAAAACUGACAACUGUUUGAGUCCUACUGUUCCUACUAUCUGUGAUAUAUUGUUUUUAGAGUGCGUGUGUGUUUUGUACAGUUUUUAUGCUAUUUUAAGUGAACUGAUACUAUGGGAAGUAUUUACACGUCUUCAAAAAUGCCGAAUAUACUGGAUGCAUUUAUUUUAAUUUCAGUGAAUGUUUUUGUGAAAUUGUAUUAAAAUAAACAACAUAUUUAGAAAAAUUCUACAAACUCAAUGCAUGUGAAAAAGCUUGCAAUUUAGUUUGUACAUAAAUGUAUGAGACUUAACAUGCAUUUUCUAUUAUUCUAGUAAAGACUCACAUUAGCUCAGUUUAAAUGACUUUUUUAAAAUUUGAAAUAAAGGCUAAAAGAAUCUGCCGAACUUUAUUUUUCUUUAAAAUUAAUACAAUGUAAUAUACAAAUAUUUUCUGGUUAUAAUUUUGAAAUUUAUUUCAUGAAGCAAAAGUUUUCUUUCAUCAAAUAAACAAGUUAAGCAGAAAUUAAUAGUUUUAAAAUUUGUUAAUUCGAAAAUAGAUUAAUGCAAAUCUACCUAUGCAAUUGUAUAAAAUUAAGACCUUCUAGGUGAAUUAAUAUUAUUACUUUCACGAGUUCUAUUCAUUUUAUUCAAGUUGAAUCGAUUUCACUUCUGUUUUUAAUACAAAAGAAUGAAAUGUAAAUCAAUUCCCCACAGCCUUGUAAUAGUGGAAAUGAAACGAUUUCCUUUUUAGCUUUUCUUUUAGUACCAAAUUCCAUUAUUUCCUUUAAAAGUGAGGAACUAUUAUAAUUUUUUUUUUAUUUUAUAUUAUUACCAUUUAAGAAUUAGCCGUCUUUUUCUGAAUUUUGGCUGUGACUACUACUUAAUGAAUACUUCAUCUAUUUUUAACUAGCAUAUAUUGGAUGUAAGUGUUCAGAUAGAAAUGUUUAGUUUUAAAUGGGCUAAAUAUAUAAAAUGAGAAAUUUUAGCGUUGUUUUCAAUCAUAUUUUUGAAACUUAAACAGAAUGAAAACUGUAGAUCUUCCUACUUCUUGUUUUUAGUCUUUGAAACUCUAGUUACCAAAUACUGCAGGAGUAUAAUUUACACUAUUUUUAUAUCUAUAUUUUUAUGCAAUGUACAUUUAAUAGCGAAGUAUUCAAUACAUACCAUAUAGUAUUUAUCAUAAUCUUGAAAUGGAAUAAUCAAUAACUAAUGUAGUUUUAAUUAAUAUUUUUCCUUACUUUUUUUUAUUUAACCAUGUAUCGUUUCCGAUAUUAAACUAUAUUUUAGAUUUCAAAUAGUUAAAAUCUAGUUUAGUUUUUUUAUAAUAUACUGCAGAUUUUUAAUUAUCUUAUGAUAUUUGUAUGAGCAAACGUAUAUCUCAUUUCAUUUGUCUCUUGAAUUUUACAUUCCUGUAAGAAAAAAAAUGUGGAAAUACCCUGCGCUGUAAAAUUGGCUUUACUUUUGUAUGUCCGUUUUGUUAAUUUAUAUUUUUGGUAAUUAAAAGAAAAAAUGAGUGU